CCUGCGAUAACAUACCGUGGACUAUAACUGAUGACUUGUUUAAAACCUUGUAUUUAUUGUUAUUACUAAACACACGACUGUUGUUGAAAUCGUUCUGCCACAUAAAAUAAGUCAAUUUUCUCAAUAAGUGCGUGCGUGCGAAUAAAAUGAGCGACGAAAUUUUCGAAGACGAUGAAUUUCCCAUCCCGCCAGAUAUUCCGGACCGUGGAGAAUUUCAAAUGCCAUCGAUAGAAGAACUACUAAAGGCUCUCGAUCGCAUGGAAGGUUUAUCAGACGAAAAUAAAGAGGAAUUGAGGCAAAGUUUAUUACGUCGCGCAAAUGGAGAAGAGCCCGAUUUUUUUGCCGAUCCCGUAUUACCAAAUUCGGGAAUGUCACAUGAUUUAUUAGUACUAUUUCUGGUACUCACGGUCCUCCUUUUCAUUUUUGUAUUCUUUGGAUACAAGUUAUACAAGUCUUUGACUGAUCGAGAAAGAAGAAAAGAAGAAAAAAGGAGACAGAAGCAGCAAAAGAAGAAAAAGUAAUUUUUCCAUGACACAAAAUAAAUAUUUUCAAACUGUGACAGAGACAUAAUAUUCCAUUAUGACAUUAAGUUAUGAAGAUUAUUUUGUUGUACAUUUAAAUAAAUAAAUUAAACUGUAUAAGUGUC